AUGGGCGUGGGCUGGUACAUAAUAGUGAUGGGCCGUGAGAUCAACGAGAACAACUACCCCAGCAGGUGCAACAACUACAUCAGCAGCUCAAACAACCACACUUCCGGUGGCAACAACCACAACCAUGGUUGUAGGCUCAACAACCACAUCUCCAGGUCCAACAACCACAACAGCGGCUCCAACAACCACAACCCCGGGUCCAACUACAACAACCGCAGGUCCAACCACCACAACCGCAGGUCCAACAACCUCAACAAUAGGCUCAACAACCACAACAGUCACAACACCAGCUCCAACAUCCACAACAGCAGCUCCAACAACCACAACAGCGGCUCCAACAAUCACAAACUUGAAUCCAACUACCACAACCGCGGUUCCAACCACGACAAUAGCGGCUCCAACAACCACAACAAUAGGCUCAACAACUUCAACCCCGGGUCCAACAACCACAACAUCAGGUUCAACAACUACAACAGCGGCUGUAACAACCACUACAGCGACUGUAACAACCACAACAGCGGCUCCAACAACCACAACAGCAGCUCCAACAACCACAACAGCGGCUCCAACAACCACAACAGUGGCUCCAACGACAACCUUAGGUCCAACAACCACAACCGCAGGUCCAACAACCACAACAGCGGCUCCAACAACCACAACAGGGCCUCCAACCACCACAACCGCAAUUCUGACUACCACAACAGCAGCUCCAACAACUACAACAGCAGCUCCAACUACCACAACAGCAACUCCAACAACCACAGCAGUGGCUCCAAUAACCACAACAUCGGCUCCAACAACCACAACUGCAGGUCCAACAACCACAACCGCAGGUCCAACAACCACAACAGCAGCUCCAACAACCACAACAGCUCCAACAACCACAACAGCAGCUCCAACAACCACAACAGCGCCUCCAACAACCACAACAUCGGCUCCAACAACCACAACGGCCGCUCCAACAACCACAACAGUGGCUCCAACGACAACCUUAGGUCCAACAACCACAACCGCAGGUCCAACAACCAUAACAGCGGCUCAAACAACCACAACAGCGCCUCCAACAACCACAACCGCAAUUCUGACUACCACAACAGCAGCUCCAACAACUACAACAGCAGCUCCAACUACCACAACAGCAACUCCAACAACCACAACAGCAGCUCCAACAACCACAACAUCGGCUCCAACAACCACAACUGCAGGUCCAACAACCACAACCGCAGGUCCAACAACCACAACAGCAGCUCCAACAACCACAACAGCGCUUCCAACGACCACAACAGCGCCUCCAACGACCACAACAGCGCCUCCAACGACCACAACAGCGCCUCCAACAACCACAACAUCGGCUCCAACAACCACAACAUCGGCUCCAACAACCACAACAGCAGCUCCAACAACCACAACAGCGCCUCCAACAACCACAACAGCAGGUCCAACAACCACAACAGCAGGUCCAACAACCACAACAGCAGCUCCAACAACCACAACAGCAGCUACAACAACCACAACAGCGCCUCCAACCACCACAACAGCGCCUCCAACCACCCCAACAGCGCCUCCAACGACCACAACAGCGCCUCCAACAACCACAACAUCGGCUCCAACGACCACAACAGCAGCUCCAACGACCACAACCGCAGGUCCAACCACCACAACAGUGCCUCCAACAACCACAACAGCGCCUCCAACAACCACAACAGCAGCUCCAACAACCACAACAGCGGCUCCGACAACCACAACGGCAGCUUCGACAACCACAACCCCAGGUCCAACAACCACAACAGCGGCUCCAACAACCACAACAGCGCCUCCAACAACCACAACCGCCAUUCUGACUACCACAACAGCAGCUCCAACAACUACAACAGCAGCUCCAACAACCACAACAUCGGCUCCAACAACCACAACAUCGGCUCCAACAACCACAACUGCAGGUCUAACAACCACAACCGCAGGUCCAACAACCACAACAGCAGCUCCAACAACCACAACAGCAGCUCCAACAACCACAACAGCAGCUCCAACAACCACAACUGCAGGUCCAACAACCACAACCGCAGGUCCAACAACCACAACAGCGCCUCCAACAACCACAACAGCGCCUCCAACAACCACAACAGCGGCUCCAACAACCACAACAGCAGCUCCAACAACCACAACAACAGCUCCAACAACCACAACAGCGCCUCCAACAACCACAACAGUGCCUCCAACAACCACAACAGCAGCUCCAACAACCACAACAGCGCCUCCAACAACCACAACAGCAGGUCCAACACCCACAACAGCAGGUCCAACAACCACUACAGCAGCUCCAACAACCACAACAGCGCCUCCAACGACCACAACAGCGCCUUCAACGACCACAACAGCGCCUCCAACGACCACAACAGCGCCUCCAACGACCACAACAGCGCAUCCAACGACCACAACAUCGGCUCCAACAACCACAACAGCGGCUCCAACAACCACAACCGCAGGUCCAACAACCACAACUGCAGGUCCUACGACCACAACAGCGGCUCCAACAACCACAACCGCAGGUCCAACAACCACAACCGCAGGUCCAACAACCACAACAGCGGCUCCAACAACCACAACAGCAGCUCCAACAACCACAACUGCAGGUCCAACAACCACAACCGCAGGUCCAACAACCACAACAGCAGCUCCAACAACCACAACAGCAGCUCCAACAACCACAACCGCAGCUCCAACAACCACAACCGCAGGUCCAACAACCACAACUGCGCCUCCAACAACCACAACAGCGCCUCCAACAAUCAUAACAGCGGCUCCAACAACCACAACAGCAGCUCCAACAACCACAACAGCAGCUCCAACAACCACAACAGCAGCUCCAACAACCACAACAGCGCCUCCAACAACCACAACAGUGCCUCCAACAACCACAACAGCAGCUCCAACAACCACAACAGCAACUCCAACAACCACAACAGCAGCUCCAACAACCACAACAGCGCCUCCAACAACCACAACAGCAGCUCCAACAACCACAACAGCAGCUCCAACAACCACAACAGCGCUUCCAACAACCACAACAGCAGCUCCAACAACCACAACAGCAGCUCCAACAACUACAACAGCAGCUCCAACAACCACAACAGCAGCUCCAACAACCACAACAGCAGCUCCAACAACCACAACAGCUGCUCCAACAACCACAACUGCCGGUCCAACAACCACAACCGCAGGUCCAACAACCACAACAGCGCCUCCAACAACCACAACAGCGCCUCCAACAACCACAACAGCGGCUCCAACAACCACAACAGCAACUCCAACCACCUCAACAGCAGCUCCAACAACCACAACAGCGCUUCCAACAACCACAACAGCAGCUCCAACAACUACAACAGCAGCUCCAACAACCACAACAGCAGCUCCAACAACCACAACAGCAGCUCCAACAACCACAACAGCUGCUCCAACAACCACAACUGCCGGUCCAACAACCACAACCGCAGGUCCAACAACCACAACAGCGCCUCCAACAACCACAACAGCGCCUCCAACAACCACAACAGCGGCUCCAACAACCACAACAGCAACUCCAACCACCUCAACUGCGGCUCCAACCACCACAACAGCAGCUCCAACCACCACAACAGCAGGUCCCACAACCACAACGGCAACUCCAACAACCACAACGGCAACUCCAACAACCACAACAGCAGCUCCAACAACCACAACAGCAACUCCAACAACCACCACAGCGCCUCCAACAACCACAACCGCAGGUCCAACAACCACAACAGCAACUCCAACAACCACAACAACAGCUCCAACAACCACAACGGCAGGUCCAACAACCACAACGGCAACUCCAACUACCACAACAGCAACUCCAACAACCACAACAGCGCCUCCAACAACCACAACAGCGCCUCCAACAAGCACAACAGCACCUCCAACAACCACAACAGCGCCUCCAACAACCACAACAGCGGCUCAAACAACCACAACAACAAUUCCAAUGACAACCUUAGGUCCAACAACCACAACCGCAGGUCCAGCAACCACAACCGCAGGUCCAGCAACCACAACAGCGACUCCGAAAACCACAACAGCAAUUCUGACUACCACAACAGCAGCUCCAACAACUACAACAGCUGCUCCAACAACUACAACAGCAGCUCCAACAACCACAACAGCGGCUCCAACAACCACAACAGCGGCUCCAACAACCACAACAGCGGCUCCAACAACCACAACAGCGGAUCCAACAACCACAACAGCGGCUCCAACCACCACAACAGCGGCUCCAACCACCACAACAGCGGCUCCAACCACCACAACAGCGGCUCCAACAACCACAACAGCGGCUCCAACAACCACAACAGCGGCUCCAACAACCACAACAGCAGCUCCAACAACCACAACAGCGCCUCCAACAACCACAACAGCAAUUCUGACUACCACAACAGCAGCUCCAACAACUACAACAGCUGCUCCAACAACUACAACUGCAGCUCCAACAACCACAACCGCGCCUCCAACAACCACAACAGCAGCUCCAACAACCACAACAGCAGCUCCAACAACUACAACAGCAGCUCCAACAACCACAACAGCGGCUCCAACAACCACAACAGCGGCUCCAACAACCACAACAGCGGCUCCAACAACCACAACAGUGGCUCCAACCACCACAACAGCGGCUCCAACCACCACAACAGCGGCUCCAACAACCACAACAGCGGCUCCAACAACCACAACAGUGGCUCCAACAACCACAACAUCGGCUCCAACAACCACAACAGCAGCUCCAACAACCACAACAGCGGCUCCAACAACCACAACAGUGGCUCCAACAACCACAACAUCGGCUCCAACAACCACAACAGCAGCUCCAACAACCACAACAGCGGCUGCAACAACCACAACAGCAGCUCCAACAACCACAACAGCAGUUCCAACAACCACAACUCCAACUACAACAACCACCACGACAAUCAUUCCUCCUGACUUCUCAACCUUGGCAUAUUUACAAGUCAGGAUGAUUUCCUAUGGUGAACUCAGCAAUGAAACCAUUUCGGGACUUCUUCAAGAG